AUUUGAAAGGAAUAAGUUGUGUACUUAAGAUAUUCGAUUAACUAUGGGAACGGACUGGCUUUCAACAGUCAACAAAAACAAAAUUGAUUUGGCAGCCUGUCCACACCGAACAAAAUCUGUCGAAAAACGGGAAUUGGACAAAACAAUUUAAGGCACUCGGAAGGAUGGAUGCAGUUCCCGGACGAAAGGCACAAGUGACAUCUGGAUCGGCGCCUGACCUCACCUACUGCCAGCCAUGCGCGGAGGACGGCAAGAAAAUCGUCCCCGAGGCCUUCUGUCCCGUCUGUAAGGAGUUUCUUUGUUCCACCUGUGCACGAGUACACCGGAACCAGAAAAUAACCAAAACUCACGCCCUCCAGGACAAGGACAGUAUGCCUUCCUCAUUCCGCGAAGAGAGUGAAGAUGAAAAAUUUAAUGAAACGUGUCAUCGUCAUGCUCAAGAUUUCAUAAAAUAUUACUGUCUUAAUCAUGAGGCAAUUCUGUGUGGAGACUGCUUGGCUGAGAAAGCUCAUCGAUUAUGUAAUAUUGAAAGGGUUUCUCAAGUCUCAAAGCGGUACAAGGAGGGUGCAGAAUACAACAGCCUGAAAACAGGACUUGUCCAGACGGCCACUGACAUUGGCAAACUGUCACACGACAUGCAGGCGAUCAUGAAAUCAGUUGAUGAAGAAAGCCUUACCAAUAUAAAUGAACUUCGCAAAUUCAGGACUGAAAUUAACCAGUACCUGGAUAAAAGGGAAAAUGAACUCUUUGCAGAAAUUGAUCAGAAGAAACGAACAUCCAAGACACUGCUAAAUGAACUGAUAUCAAAAUGCACAAACAUGAAAUCAUCCAUUGAGAAACUAAAGUCAGAGCUACAAGCACAGAACGACAACAGCAACCAGAUAUUAAUAGUAGGAAAGCGAGCUAUAAAAGAACUGGCAAGUCUCCAGGCAGCCCUGGGAGAGGUGAGCAGGAGGAGUAAAGUUCCCCGAUACAAGUUUCACAGGGACCCCGUAAUUGAGCAGAUAAAAGCUGCUGAAAAUGCAAUAGGACGGUUGGAAGAGGGCGAAUCUCGUCGGCGUUAG